AUGACAGAUCUUGGAGACCUCUCAUUUUUCCUCGGCAUCUCGGUUACCCGGGACGCCAAUGGCAUGGUUCUCUCCCAGCGCCAAUACGCCUUGGAUCUUCUUCAGCGUGCAGGCAUGGCCGACUGUCAUCCAUCACCCACUCCAGUUGACGUCAAGGUCAAACUCUCGGCCACUGAUGGUGCUCUGCUUGAUGAUGCUACUACCUAUCGGAGUUAUGCUGGUGCAUUGCAGUAUCUCACUCUCACCCGUCCGGACAUCGCCUAUGCUGUGGAGCAGGCCUGCCUCUAUAUGCAUGCUCCCCGCGAGCCGCAUCUACUCUUGGUCAAGCGUACUCUUCGCUACAUCAUGGGUACCCUCGACCUCCGCCUGCACAUUCCUCGGUCAUCGUCCAUGACUCUCAAGGCCUACUCCGACGCUGACUGGGCGGGUUGCCCUGAUACUCGGCGGUCUACCUCAGGUUACUAUGUCUAUCUCGGUGACACCUUGGUCUCUUGGUCCUCCAAGCGCCAGACCACGGUUUCCCGAUCGAGUGCUGAGGCGGAGUAUCGUGUUGUGGCUCACGCUAUUGCAGAGUGA